AUGAUCACCAACGCCAAAAGGUUUUACAAGGUGACCAUCGUUUCUAUCGUUGCCUUCAUCUUCAUCUACGUCCUCACGGGAAGAUACUAUUUUCAGAGUUACGAUGAAGGGGCGAUCAAAGGAACUGUUAAAUCAGGAACAAAUCUAUAUAUAUAUCAGCCCAAUUUAACAAAUGUGACAAGUGCAGUCGAGAAAAGGGUAAAAAAUAUCUAUUUCUACAACCCACAGUUUUUUCAUGUGUUCAGUGAUUGGAUUUUAGAUACUUGGGGGACGUCUAAGAAAUUUGAAAAAUGUGCGAUCCCUAAUUGUAUUGUAACAAGGGGUAAUGUCUCUUUAGAGGAAAUCGACGCCAUAAUAUUUAAACCUAGAGACAUGGGAUACUGUCCGCCAACCAAGCCUCCCGGACAGGUGUGGAUAUUUGCUGAAUUUGAGACACCAAACUAUUAUUAUCAAAGUAAGUGUUUUCAUGAUCUGAAAAGUAAAGUGAAUUGGACGAUGACAUAUCGACGUGAUGCAGAUUUCCCUAUCGCACAUGGUUAUUUUAGGGAAAUGAACAAACCUCUAUACAGUCAAAAGGAUCUGGAGGAUAUUUUUGCGAAGAAAACAAAGACAGCAGUGGUUUUCAUCAGUCAUUGCCCCACUGUUGGUAAACGGUUGCAGUUUAUCAAAGUGUUACAGUCACAUGGUAUACAAGUGGAUGUCUUCGGUUCGUGUGGACGUUCACUUAAACAGUGCAAUAAUGCAGCUCGUUAUCAGGUGAGCUUCAACGUAUCUGGACAACUGGGAGCUGAUUGUUUCAGUAAGGUUCUUUUACAGUAUAAAUUUUUCCUUUCUUUAGAAAAUUCUCUUUGUUUAGAUUACACAACGGAAAAAUCUCUUCAUCGUGUUAUGCAAUAUCCAAUAAUUCCAGUGAUACGGGAUGGAGGGAACGCGUCAAUGUUCCACCCCCCACACUCUUAUCUCCACACGUCCGAUUAUAGUUCUGUGAAGGAGCUAGCCCAGCACAUGAAGCUGUUGGCUGGAAACAAAACAGCCUAUUUGGAAUAUCUUCAAUGGAAACAACAUUACUACACUGAAGAUAUGUAUACCGAAUGGAAUUCCGCAUUCUGCAGAAUAUGUGAAAGAUUACACAACCCUGAGAGUUACAGACGUGUUUAUCGUGACAUUGCAGCUUGGCACAUUUCACCGGGAGGAAAACACGUCUGCAAAGGCCCUACAGACCUGAAUUCUUAACAAUAACAAGUAAACAUGUAAUUAUGAUUAUAUCAAUCUCAGUUCAUAGAAACAACAGAAAAACAAAUAUCAACUCCCGUAUAGAUAUAACAGGAAAGCAGAUGUGUUACGGUUUUCAAUUAGCGGUGUUACUAGGAAACACAUCUGCCAUUUGCAUACGGACCUCAACACGACGGAUGUUUAUAUAUCACAACUUCUCGGAUUUUUUCCAAUAAAAAGUAAAUAUGUCCAGAAAGUCAAUGUUGUCAUGACCCUAUGAUUGAUGAAAAACAUUUCAUUCCUUAUAUUUACAUUAAGAUCAUUUCGAUGUUAUCUGUAAAAACACCCCAUAAUGCAUUUUUUCAUGUUUUUACCUGGGAGUGACGUCGGAGAUAAAACAGCCGUUUUCGCGGGAAAGUGUCAGACAGUUCUCGGCAUGGUCUUAGCAACCGUCAUAACAACAACACAAACAAAAUGUAUGUCCGUCUACAAUAUUUAUUGUGUGAGAUUUUUGGAGUGAGUUUAAUUUUUUGAACAUUUAGAAGACCGUCAAUAUUACACAGAUUGCGUUUAUUUAAAAGAAUACGAGCAGAAAAAAAAUCAGACGGCGGAGAAUAUUACCUGUGGUAACGAGGUGAUUGACAAUACCACACACUGUAAGGCUAAUAUUGUUAUAACAUUUUUAUUUACAAUGUCUACGAUUUAAACAAAGUGUUGAGUUCCAGGAUUUAUUGCAUGCAUUUUCCUAGUCUCCAUACUUCUGUUUCUACCUGUUAAUAUAAGUUGAUCACGUUCACUCCGGUCCUACGAUAACCUUGAAAUUGCCUGCUCCAUUUCGUUAGGUUAUAUUGUUUUAUUUCCAUAAUUUGAGAAAGAUCGCCACGCUUUGCCUUCUUAUUCGGUACAGAGGUAUAAUUUAUGAUGUGUUUUCUUGUUAAAUAGACAUUCAGUAUAUUUUCAUGAAAUCAAAACAAAUAACAUUUAUUUAUAUUUGUAUAAAUAAAUACAUUUAUGUCAGUCUGUAAUUGUUUGUUUAUUAUAUGUUGAGAGGGGCAUUGGCACCACUCGCAUCUCCCAUUGUUUC